AUGCAGAUUCAACAGUAUGCAGUCUUCAAGCAUUUAUCAUUCUACCUGUUGUAUGAAUUGCAUCCGCGCAUCCCGGAGAAUGCUUCAGAAAAGAUGGGAGAGGGAACAGCAGUUGCGGACGCAGCAGAAACAGUGAUUGCAGAUGCAUUAGUUAUGAAUGCAGCAGAAACAGCAGUUGCAGACACAACAGUCACAGAUGCAGAACCAAGAUUGAAAGAGAUCAGUCACACACAUGCAAAAGCUAACAAGUUACUCCUGAACUGA